GAAUUUUCGCGACUAACUUUCUGUAACUGAAAAGUAUGAUACUGGUAACAUCCCCACCUAAUGACAAUGACGUAAUCAACAUACUGCGACGAUUAUCACGAAAAUAAUGUAAUAUGAUUGACUGUCAAGAAGUGUGACAAGAACGUAAGAAAAUAUAACCUUGCAAUUUGCAAAAACUGUGCAGCAUUAAAGUUUUGGUGGAAAAUGGAGCCACUCGGCGUAAUUAAUUUAUGUGAACAGUACUUUUUUGAUGCUGAUGAACUUCUGUUGUGUAACUGGAUUCUCAAUAAAACAAAUGCCACAAAUUUGUAUAUAAAAUUACGUGAAACCUAUUACAAAGGGCCGAUUGAAGAAGAUUGGUUAAGAAAUUACCAUGACAUCAUGUUUUUUCGAUUUUUUCGAAUACAAAAGUCAACGUUUUUAAACUUAUUAAAUGUUGUUCUGGAAAAUGACAACCAUAAGUUAAUGAGGAAAAAAUAUCACGGGGGUAAUUUACCAAUACCACCUGAGAAGGCUUUGCUUACGUUUUUAACAUAUAUGGCAACCCAAGAAAGUUUAUUGUCAAUUGGGCAAAGAUUUGGAAUUGUUCCAUCAACUGCAAUGAAUAUAGUGAAUGCUUUGCUUUAUAUUAUGUUAAAAAUAAAGAAGAAAUACAUAUUUUGGCCUCGAACUGAUGAAGAGGUAGAACAUAUAAUAAACGGUUUUACUCAUUAUCCAAAUGUUUUGGGUGCUAUUGAUGGUAGCCAGAUAGAUAUAAAAGUCGUGCCACAUACUCAACAUGACAGUUAUGUUAAUAGAUAUCUUAGACAUUCUAUUAAUGCUAUGGUGAUAUCUACUGCUGAAAAAAUUUUGACUUACGUUUUUAUUGGAUUCCCAGGAUCGGCCCAUGAUUCCAGAGUCUUUUCGAACUCAACAUUUGUCCAAAACAUUGCAACACAUGGUUCGCAGUUCUAUUUUCCUAAUGAAGAAUGUCAUAUAUUAGGAGAUAGUGCAUUUCCAUUAAAAAUGUGGAUGAUGACACCCUAUAAGCGUAGACCAGCUUUAAAUAGAAUUGAAAGACAGCACAACUAUCAUUUGAGUGCUGAUCGUGUUGUGGUCGAACAUAUUUUUGCCCGCAUUAAAGGUCGAUUUAGGAGAGUAAUAUUCAUUAACACCUACUCCAUUAGCAAAGCUAUUGAAAUAACCACUGCUGCAUGCGUUUUACAUAAUUUUUGCUACAUGAAUAAAGAUCAGUGGGAAGAUGAGCUCUAUGAAGAUGUUAACGAACAAGAGUUCAUUGCAGAAGACAAUGAUGAAGAAACUCGAAGAGCACAACUCAAAAGGAACCGAAUAGCUAGAGAAUUAUUAAACAAUGUAUAAUAUAUAUUAUAGAAAAUAAGAAAAGAUAGAUACAAUAUGUAUUAAAAACAACAAAACAUAAAUUCUA